AUGUCCGAUGAUUCCUCGCAUGUAAUUAAACACAUGGGACGAUUGGUUCACGACGUCACCGGCGUUAGUCGCUUUGCAGGCUCAACAACCGGCGUUCAUUUCAUUCUGAGCGUUGAGGAUUCAUGCAAGCAGGCGUUGUAUCUGACCGAGAGCUUCCCCGAUAGCUGCUACAGUCUUUACCUAGCAGGAUCAGCCAUAGGAGCCAACAAAGCCACAAGUUCCGCUACCCCAGACGGCUAUCAUCAGAUUUGGAAUUUAUCGAGCCCUGAAAUUCUUGAACUUUUGGGCCACCCACUUGACUUUUACGUGGCCCAGAUUGACGAGUUCCUUGGAUGCUGGGAGGCAUUUUGCCCAGUUUUGGCACGGAAAGAAACGGUCGAUGCCGUUUGCAAGAUGCUGGAAGGGAUACAGGACCGUGCUAUGGCGGACGGUGUUGAUAAUAGCACACUCUGCGUUUUGUUCUCUAUAAUGAGCAUUAACAACCUUGGGCGGCCAAUUUCCCAUCCAGUCCGUGAUCAAAUAGGACGACUGGUCAGCUCUAACUCAAUCUUCGACAGCUUACAGUCCCGCCUCGUCGCUCGUGGGGAUCUUUAUAGUUUACAAGGGCUUGUUCUACUUUCCUUCUACUACCAGCUCACCGGCCAGUCGCUUGGCCUGAUCAAAGUCAACGGGUCAAUGGUUCGAAUUGCCCAGUCACUUGGUCUUCAUCGACAUGCUCGACGGUUUCGAAUGAACGUCGGGGAGAUUGAACUGCGCAAGCGACUGUGGUGGUGGGUUUACAUAUUUGACCGGGUCACGGCAAUAGUGCAUGGCCUUCCGCCUCUGAUUAGCGAUGAUGAUGUCGACAACGAACUUCCGACAGACUGCCAUAUCGAUGACUUCACGGCGACGGAGAUUUACCAUCCACUUCCAGGCCAGACGACCCCUGUGUCGUUCUUCAACCAUUAUGCUACCCUCAGCAAGAAAAUGUCCUCCAUUCUGGAUCUUCUAUAUACUACAACCCGGCGUCGUCAGGGCGUUGCCAAGAUUGAGCGGCUUGACAGGGAUAUUAGGGUGUGGAGCCAGAACCUCGGCUUGGACGACGCUCCAGAACCAGACUCACAUUCACACCCAACGACCAGCGGCUGCGGCGCCCUGCUAUUCUAUCUGCGGCUCUUGUCUCGGUUUUGUAUCUUACUGAUUCAUCGGCCCGGGCUCACUUUCGACGACAGCACUUCAGAAUUCGCCGAUUGUCUCGGCGCAUGUGUCAGAGCAAGUACUGAUCUUAUACAUCUUUUAGGGUUGCCGGACCUCGGGCACUCUUUCCUCUCAUGCCGCCCCAUAGGACCGGGCGUGGUCUUUCAGUGUGCACUUAUGCAUAUCUUCUAUCACUGCAAGUCGAAAACCCUCAACCUUUUGAGUUUUUCCACGCUCCAAGAAUCAACCGACUUGAUAUUGCACGUCAUUACCGUACUAGAAAAGUGUCGCCCAGAUCCCCGCACAGCGCCUUCGGGCGACUCUUCUUACGAUGACCGCCAAACUCGAUCCAUUGAUUCCGCCAUUGCCGUCUUGAGAAAUUUGACACUGCUGCUACAGCACGGCAGCUCCGGAUUUACCUCUUCGCCGACCGGACCGCUACUGCCUAAUAUACCAUAUAGUUUGCCUUCGAGUUCACUGUAUGAUCUGAAUUAUAUGACGGCGAUGGAUUGGGCUCAGGACAUUUCGGACACCUUCGGUCAUUUGCCUGAUUUAGGUGGUUGA